UUAAUUUAAUGCACCAUCUAUCUUCCAAUCUCAUGUUCUUGUCUCCAACCACCCUUCAACACUCUUUCCAUGUAUCCCUUUGAGUUUGAGAGUUCCUCUUCCAACAUCACCACCACCAUAGCAAAAUGCACUGCAAUGUGCAUGAAUCCUGUGAAAUGUGGACACAAUAUUAAUAUUAUUUAUGAUUGGUGAAUAUUCUGUUGUUGAAUCCAUAUGCUAUUUUGGUUGUUUUUGUAUCAUCAAGUUCUCAGCAACAACUGUGGUCUAGCGCAAGUGAUUGGUGCAUAGUGUGUGUGACUGUCGUAAAUCCUAAGGUACCGAGUUCGAUUCCUAAUUAUAAUCAUAAAAUAAUGGGGUUCUCAGCAAGACAUUUUUCAAUCUAUGGUUUGAAUAUUCUAUUUGAACUUGUGGUUUUAAUAUCAUAUUUUUGUUGUCAAGUUUAUAGUCUUGGUUCAAUGUCAUCCAUUGCAGUUUCAUAUGGUGAAAAAGGUUCAGUUUUUUGUGGUUUGAAAUCAGAUGGAUCUCAUACUGUAACAUGUUAUGGAUCUAACUCAGCCAUAAUCUAUGAAACACCAACACAUUUCUCAUUUCUUGGUUUAACAGCUGGUGAUGGAUUUGUCUGUGGUCUUCUAAUGGAUUCAAAUCAACCUUACUGUUGGGGUAACAGUGGCUACAUUGAAAUGGGUGUGCCUCAACCUAUGAUUAAAAAAGCUCAGUACUUAGAAAUUAGUGCUGGUGAUUAUCAUGUAUGUGGAUUAAGAAAACCUUGGAAAAAAAAUGUUUCUUUAGUUGAUUGUUGGGGCUAUAACAUGACAAAAAGUUACAUGUUUGAUGGAAUGAUUCAAUCGAUCUCAGCUGGUUCUGUGUUUCACUGUGGAUUGUUUUCUAACAAUAGAAGUGUUUUCUGUUGGGGUGAUGAGACUAGUAGCAAGGUUAUUAGUUUGACGCCUUUGAAAAUGAAGUUCAAAAUGAUUUCUGCUGGUGGAUAUCAUGUUUGUGGAAUCUUAGAAGGGGUAAAUUCUAGAACUUUUUGUUGGGGGAGAAGUUUGGACAUUGAGGAACAAAUUUCAGUAACACAUGCAGGUCAAGGAAAUGUAGAUUUAGCUCCAAAUGAUCCUAUGAUUUCUAUAGUAGGAGGAAGGUUUCAUGCUUGUGGCAUAAAAAGCUCUGAUAACGGAGUUAUUUGUUGGGGGUUUAUGAUCAAAUCAAGCACUUCAGCUCCUAGUGAGGUUAAGGUUUAUGGGAUUGCAGCUGGUGAUUAUUUUACUUGUGGGGUACUUGCUGGGAAAAAAUCCCUUGUGCCUUUUUGUUGGGGUGUUGAUUUCCCUACUUCUCUUCCUUUAGCCGUCUUGCCGGGAAUAUGCAAGCCUUUUCCAUGUCCUCAUGGUUUCUAUGAAUUUGAUCAAAAGGGUCUUUGCAAGUUUCCAAAUUCUGGUGUUUGCAUGCCAUGCAGUGGUGAUUGUCCUAUUGAAAUGUAUCAGAAAAGUGUAUGCAAUUUGGCUUCUGAUAGAGUGUGUGAAUAUAACUGCUCUGCUUGUUCUUCACAUGAAUGUUUCUUACACUGCUCCUAUUCAUAUUCUAAUGUUGGCAAUGAGAAGAAAAAUGAGAAGUUUUGGGCUUUGCAGUUACCAGUGGUUAUUGCAGAGAUUGGUUUUGUACUUUUUAUAGUUAGUAUUGCAUCAUUAACCUCGGUUUUGUAUGUUCGCCACAGGCUAAGAGAUUGUGAGUGUUCAGCAAGAUUAAAAAAGGCAAAGAAACUUAACCGAAGUUCUUCCCUUCAAAAUGAGAAUCAGCGCAAGAUCCGUCCAGAAAUGGAGGAGUUGCAGCUUAGGAAGGCUCAAAGAUUCACCUAUGAAGAACUUGAAACUGCAACAAGUGGAUUCAAAGAAGAAUCAAUAGUAGGAAAAGGAAGUUUUUCUUGUGUAUUCAAAGGAGUUUUAAAAGAUGGAACAGUAGUAGCUGUUAAAAGGGCUAUAGUAUCUCUUUCUCCUCCCAACAACAUGCACAAGAAUAACAAAGAAUUUCACACUGAACUUGACUUACUCUCAAGAUUAAAUCAUGCUCAUUUGCUCAAUUUGCUAGGCUAUUGCCAAGAAGGUGGCGAAAGACUUCUUGUUUAUGAGUUCAUGGCUCAUGGAUCUUUGUAUCAACACCUUCAUGGACCAAAUCAAGUGUUGAAACAGGAAUUAAACUGGAUAAGAAGGGUAACAAUAGCAGUUCAAGCUGCUCGUGGGAUCGAAUAUUUACACGGCUACGCUUGUCCACCGGUGAUUCAUAGAGACAUUAAGUCAUCAAACAUACUCAUUGAUGAAGAACACAAUGCAAGAGUUUCGGAUUUUGGUUUAUCAUUGUUAGGUCCUUUAGAUAGUAAUUCUCCACUUGCCGAGCUACCGGCCGGAACUCUCGGUUACCUUGAUCCUGAAUACUAUAGACUCCAUUACCUCACAACAAAAUCCGAUGUCUAUAGUUUUGGUGUUCUACUCUUGGAAAUUCUAAGUGGUAGAAAAGCCAUUGACAUGAUGCAAUAUGAAGAAGGAAAUAACAUAGUUGAAUGGGCAGUGCCUUUGAUCAAAUCAGGUGAUAUAUCUGCAAUAUUGGAUCCAAUUCUUAAACCACCUCGUGAAAUGGAAGCGUUGAAAAAGAUAGCUAAUGUAGCUUGUAAAUGUGUGAGAAUGAGAGGAAAAGAGAGACCUUCAAUGGACAAAGUAACAACUUCAUUAGAAAGAUCUCUUGCUGUGUUAAUGGGUAGUCCAUGCAUUGAUCAACCAAUUUUACCUACUGAGGUUGUUUUAGGAAGUAAUAGAAUGCAUAGAAAAUCAUCUCAAAUGUCUUCAAAUAGAUCAGUUUCUGAAAUUGAGGAUCAAAGAUUUGAGCUUAGAGCACCUUCAUGGAUAACAUUUCCUAGUGUUGCAUCUUCUCUAAGAAGAAAAUCAUCAAUGUCAGAAGCAGAUGUUGAUGGAAAAAUUGCAGAAAUGAAGAUUAAUAUUGGCAAUGUUGGAGGGAGUAGUGAUAUGUUGAGAAGUUUAGAGGAAGAGAUUGUACCUGCUUCACCACAAGAGAGGUUGUUUUUGGAACAUAACUUUUAACUAUGUUGUGAUGUUUGAUGCAAACUAAGGUUUUUUUUAGUUCUCAUAUGAUUGUAGUGUUUGAUGAUGAAAUUUGAUAUAAAACAACAAAAAAUGUGUCAAUUUGUGGAUGUAAUUCUGAGUUUCUGACUAUUAAUAUUUUAUUUUCAAUCUUCAAAGAGUUGUGUUUAAGAAUA